GACGGGCUUUGAGAGCGCGCAGCUCCUGAUGUGUCUCUUCGUGGCUUCUGUAGGCCUACUUAAUGCUUGUUGUGGUCGGAAGAGGGCGGAGUGCGUUUGCCAUCCAAGUGAGAAGCUCCCUGACUCGGUGCCUCCUGAAAAAUAUAUAAAUAUAAGAAUAACCUGCCCCCUUUACCCCUCCCUUCCUCCUCGUUUUGAUUCAGCCUAUGUAGCCUGCGCGCAGAGGGAGAGCGGCCGCCGCACAGCAAAUCCAAGACAGUCUUGUCUACAGUGAGACAGAGAGAGGUGGGGGGAAACAGCUGCAAGCGGAUACUCAACAUCAACAAGCUGUAUGAGGCAUCUGUGAAGAAGAAGAGGGGAUUUAGCGCGGACAGAGAGGGGGUUCCUUCCGUUUCCCCCCCUCCUUUGCUUUUUGAUUCCAAGAUCAGAGGCGUGGAGCUUGCAAGAAUAUCCUACAAGUGGUGAAGCGAUGCUUUAGCGGAGCAAUUUGGCAGAUUUUUUUUUACAACACGCCCGCCCAACGACACUGUAAUUCCGUGCAGCAAUCCCCCAAACAUCUGUGGACGCUUUUCUGCAGGGAGAUGGCUGUUUUCCGGCUGUCGUUGCUGCUGCAAGUGGGAUUUGUGAUCGGAUCAAACCAUAAAUACGCGGAAUGGUCAGCGCAUGGGGAAGAUAUCAGAGCACGGGAGGCGAUUUACGGCGCUCAGACGCACCUUCGGCAGCUGGCGCAUCUCCGUGCGCCUCAUCCUCCACCCGGGGAGACGGCGGAGGUGCCGCAGAAAAUCGAGGAGCAUCUCCCCCGGGUGGUCACGGCUUUUCUUCACACGGGGGACUCGACCACAUUAAAGCACGCCAACUGCUCGCGGAGGUACGAGCUCACCUCUCUGCGGGGAAGGUCACAAGCCACCCCGCAUUACUCCAUGAGCAGCGUGUUGGAUACGGUCCUGCACGCCACAAACUUCCUCAACAUGAUCUUGCAAGCCAACAGGUCCAGGGAGCACAGUCUCCGGCGAGACAUUGAGUGGUAUCACGCUUUAGUGAGGAGUAUACUGGAAGGAGACGCCAAGAUUCACCGGGCGGUCGUCACUUUUAACGCGGAUUCGUCCGUGACGGGGCCCUCGGUGCUUCUCCAAGCCACCAGGGCCGGCGGAGAGAUAGUCCUCCAAGACCUCUCCAGCAUGGCUCACCACCAUCUGCACAACCGCACAGUAGACACAGAGUGGUACCACGAUGUCAAAGACAGGAAGAAGCCCAGUUUCCAUAAGAGGGUGCUGAGCCAAGAUAUCAGAUCAGUUGACAAUUCUUUAAAAAGAGGAGAGAGUUUUAUCCCGGACAAGACGCAUGUCAAAUGGUCUGCGCCCUACCUGGAGUGUGAGAAUGGGAAUUUUGUUCCCCGUUGGCUUUUGACCUUAUCGGCUGCUUUCUAUGGCCUGAAGCCCAACCUGGCUCCUGAAUUCAGGGGCGUGGUGAGAGUGGACAUUAAUCUGCAGGAUGUUGAUAUCGACCAGUGCUCCACUGACGGCUGGUUUGCUGGAACCCAUCGAUGCAACCUGACCACUAUGGAGUGUUUGCCGAUCCAUGGUCAUGGAUUUGUCUUGGACAAGUAUACGUGCCACUGCAAGAAGGGAUUCUACCACCCCAACAGAGUGGCUGUCAACGGCUUUACAAGGAUGGGAAGAAAGGGAAAGGUUGCAGACAGCGGCCCCAAUGCUGACGAGGGGUCCUCCAGCGACUGCCUGCCAUGCCAGCAGGGCUGCGCCUACUGCAAGGACGACACCCCCUGUGUGGCACGAGAAGACGGUGCUCUACGCUUGGCGGUGCUCUCCUUCCAGUGCCUCUGCAUGCUGAUUGUCUUUGUCAGCAUGAUACUCAUCUACCACUUCCGCAGGAAUAAGAGCAUCAGAGCAUCAGGUCUAGUGCUACUGGAGGCCAUCCUGUGUGGAGCUCUGCUUCUCUACUUUCCGGUCGGGAUUCUCUAUUUCCAGCCGAGUGUUUUCCGCUGCAUCCUGCUGAGAUGGGUUAGACUGCUGGGUUUUGCCACCGUCUACGGGACACUGACUCUUAAGUUGUACAGGGUGCUGAAGGUGUUCCUCUCCCGCACCGCCCAGAGAAUCCCCUAUAUGACCAGCUGGCGAGUGUUGCGUCUGCUGGGCAUCAUCCUGCUCAUCGUCUGCUGGUUCCUGGUGGCUUGGACAUCUGCCGUCUGUCAGAACCCGGACAGGAAGUUGGCUCUCAUUGACGUGGGCUACACGCCUGAUGGGCUGCAGUUCAGCAUGUGCCUGCUGGAUCGCUGGGACUACAUGAUGGCUGUUGCUGAGUUUCUCUUCCUGCUGUGGGCAGUGUAUCUGUGUUACGCCGUGAGGACGGUGCCAUCGGCGUUCCACGAGCCUCGGUACAUGGCCAUCGCUGUUCACAACGAACUUGUCCUGACAGCAAUAUUCUAUGUCAUCAGGUUCACCCUUGCGCCGGAGCUCCAUCCAGACUGGAUGCUGCUGCUGUUCUUCACCCACACCCACUUAACUGUAACAGUAACACUGGGUCUGCUACUCAUCCCUAAGUUCCUGUUUGCUGGCACCCACAUGAGAGAUGAUAUAGCCUCUGAGGCCUAUGAGGACGAGCUGGACAUGGGUCGCUCUGGAUCCUAUCUUAAUAGCAGCAUCACAUCAGCAUGGAGCGAACACAGUCUGGACCCUGAGGACAUUCGGACACCAGACGAAAUGGGCCAUCUCAGUUCUAUUAAUGGCUGUGGCGUAAGGUCUUGCGACAGUCUUUGGGAAAAACGUACCAACGAGGAGCUGAAGAAACUCUACUCCCAGCUGGAGAUUUACAAGAGGAAGAAGAUGCUGGCUAACAACCCUCAUCUUCAGAAGAAGCGGAGCUCCAAGAAAGGGCUGGGUCGCUCGCUGAUGAGGCGCAUCACUGAGAUUCCAGAAUCGGUGCACCGGCAAUGCAGCCGUGAAGAUAAGGAGGGCGGAGAACAUGGGAGCAACCGUAACAGCAUUUGUAUGCUGAAGAAGAACCCUUUCGAUCCAGCUCACCCAGGAAAGCCAGCGAAGGAGGAGACUCUAAAGAACAAGGUUUUCUCCCUCAAGAAGUCUCACAGCAGCUACGACCACGUCCGUGACCAGAGUGAGGACUCCAACAGCUCAGCGACAGACAAGAUGGAGGUGACCCCAGCUGAAGGCUCUCUCCUGGAUACACUUAUGGGCAAAAAGCUGGUCAAGAAGAAGUCCAGUGAGAAUAUAAGUGCCCCCAGUGAAUCUACGGAAUCAGUUCCUUUGGUGUGUAAGUCAGCCAGUGCCCAUAACCUCACUGCAGACAAGAAACCAAUUCACCCCAGAGCCUCUAUGCUGCAGAAGUCCCUCAGUGUCAUUGCCAGUGCCAAAGAGAAGACUUUGGGCUUGACAGGAAAGACCCAGAGCACGGAGGACAGCAAUAAGAAGAGUCAGCCAAAGAGCAAAGACACAAAGGCCAAUGCAGACCCGGAAAACGAGUGCCAACCCAAAAUGAUUAUCAGUCAGUCUGUUGAGUACAAACAGACUGCGGCAGCAGGCAAGAUCAUGAAACAGCCGGUGAGCGGUAGCCAGCCUACAAUCUGCUCUGAUCCAGUCAAGGGAAAAGACCUCUAUGAUCUCUCUGAAGUGUGUCCCUGGGAGGUGGAGGAUCUCCCAACUCCGUCUGAAAACAAGGUCCAAAAGCAUGUAUCUAUUGCACCAAAGGAAACCACGACGGUUCAUGGGGGUAGCACCAAGGGAGGCAAAUCUCAUCAGCAGAAGCAGAAAGCUUCUGAUCAUCCUCCGUCGAGUAGAAGGCAUUCAAAGGAGCUACAGAGGUCAACCGCUGUACGAGCAGAGGUAUGUCCGUGGGAGGAUGGAGGUGAAAGUCAAGGCAGUCAAGUGGAAGGAUCCAAGCAACAAACAAACAGUCAGGCUAGCAAACCUGCUAAGACACAGCAGCCACAUUCUACAACAGAGAGCUCCAAAACGAACCGGAUGGAUGUUUGUCCAUGGGACUUUGAAGAGGCUCAAAAGACAACAGAGACAGCUCGAUCACUGGAUAUGACAUCACAAAGAAAAAGCCCCUCUCCUGUGGAUGGGAGAGGGAGGAGUACCCUUUCAGAUCCAUCCAAAGCAGGAGGCUCACUCCAGCCACCACCUUCAAAAGCUGAUGUCUGUCCCUGGGACUUCGAAAGCACUGCCGUGUCUCCAAAUUCUGAGAGGACACCUAGUCCCUCUCGAGCACCCAAAACCAAGGAAUCCCCAUCAAACAAGAAGGAUACCCCUUCCACAAGAACAGUUGAGAAAGAGAAAUCAAAAGACGCUGAUGAUGAGAAAAGUAGAACAAAAGCGAAAGACAAGAGUAAAUCUUCAGAGAAACACGUGAGCCAGCAAAAAAUGGCUGAGGUAUGCCCGUGGGAUGUAGAGAGUCAUCAGGAAGUGCCAGUGGUAGAAAAAAGGAAAAGCGCGAAUGUGGGAGCAGCCAAAGUAAAGCCGGCUGAAGUCUGUCCGUGGGAUUUUGAGGAUACAUCAGAUAAAAAAGGUACAGACAAAAGUGCUUCAGUAGUGAAACAGAGCAGUCCAAAUCCUAAAGGCGGAGCUCCGAGUGCUGCCAAAAAGGCAGAUGUUUGUCCCUGGGACUUUGAGGAUAGCACAUCGAGCAAGAAGGCAUGACACUCAACCUUAACGGACCACUGAAAUUAUAGUUAUUGAUGUAUACUUUUUUUCACUUUGAAAUCGUUAAAUAUUUACUAUUAGUACGGUGACUUGGAAGAAAAGUUGAUCAAGUUCCACAAGUUGCCUUCCUUUCCGAGGUUUUGUUCCUGUUUUACCUAUUUUGAAAAUAAGUAAAAUGUACAAAAAAACAAAACAAAGUCAUGACGAGCAUUCCAGAUUAUUACAGGAAGAUCCUGAAGAUAAAUCUUAGACUAAUUAUGCAACUUUUGAUUCAGCCUUUUCACUUCACGAGCAAUGUUGGAAAAUCUGCAUUUAUCAUGUAUUCUGUACUCAGUCAUAAAUUCUUACAUAGUUCUUUUUGUCUAUAAACAUCAUCAGUUAAUGGAUAUGACAUGAGAAAAGGAUUUGUAGAGAAAAGUAAGGUUGAUGUACAAAACAGCAAAAGUGAAAGCCAAAGAAAAAGGGAACAUUUUGCAAAGAGGGAUGUUGGUUUUAAGGCGGUAAAGUUAAUUUAUUAGUUUGUGUCCAACUCUUGGCACAGCGAGAAGGACUCAGUGAGGAUAUCAGUCUAUAGCACUUUAGCCAACUCCAUAAAUUAAGAACUGAGGACAGACUCUGUUCCUCUUGUACAUUUUGUCUUCUUAUUUUCAACUUCACGGCAUGAUUCCACACAGGAUAUCACACGCCGACCAAACUUAGACAUGUUUUUGUUUAGAUCUAUUUAAUUGUAGUUCUCGGCAGAUUAAAAUGCUUCCAGGUCUGCAGAGAUGUACUGUAUGUGCCUAACUUACUAGCAUUGUCUUGUAUCAGUCUGAAGUGAAGCAAGUGGCUUCUCCUUCAGCACUUUUGUGACGGUGAAUUAUAUAAACAGCAUGCACAGCCAGGUAUCGAGAGUAGUUGGAUCCUACCGGUUUGUCAACUAAAACAGUUAAUGUGUUGACAAAUAUAUAAUGAUGUUUCUUUUCUCCUUUUCCUGCUUUCAUAUUUCCAGAAGCUCAUUCAGGGUGGUGACGAUUAUAUGAGAGCAGCAUUAACAUGAAUGUGUGACAAAAUGGCUCAUAUGUACACUGUAAAAAGUAGGAAUAGAUAAGUACUGGGGGAAUACUGAGGAAAUAAUUUGCACCAGCUUUCUUUAUAAAUCCAGCAUGGGUCUUUGUGUUGGCUUGCACCAAGUGUGUGUGUGUCUGUGGACACAAUAUCAUGAAUUUAAAGUGAAAAUGUAAUUCUGUACAUCAUCAAGUCCUGGCAGCGCUCUCUGUCCUUACACUCCCACUGUCUCAAACACCCAAACUAAAAAAAAAGGUGAGCAGGUAAUGAUUUAAUUUUCAGACAGAGAACAGAUAGAAGCUGAUGCUUAAAGGAUAGUAUCGCUUAAUUAUAACUUGGGUCUUAUUUUCUAAGUUUUGGAAAUUAUUCCAAUUGGUAAUAACAACGUUGUACUUGCUGGGACCUGGAAUGAAGAAACAUAAGUAGUCAGAUGGAUAUACAUACAGUAUAAAAUGUAUCAUUUUACCUUUGACCUACCAUACUUACUGUUUCGCCUUGACAUAGUGGUCCUGUGAGGCCCUGACACACCAAGCUGACUGUCAGCCGUUGGUCAACCUCGGGUCUUCGAUAACCGUAUAAUAAUUGUUGUACCUGUAAGUCGGAUACUACAACCUGCCUUGAUCUCACCCGCGGCCAUUUUUGUGGCCAUUUAUUUAUUUUCAGAUUUAGCUAUUCCUAUUUAGGAAUAGCUAAAUCUAAUCUACUAAGCCUUUUACGGCACUUACAUAUAAAGAUGACACUGCUGUUAUUAAGGGCUGUCCAUACCAAGAACGAUAACUACAACAGCAACAACAAUAUUAGCAUCCACACUGAAGAGCGAUAAUUGUGGUGUGGACUUCACCAUUCAGUUGACUUAGAACAAUUUGUAAAACUAUACGUUUGUAGUUAUUGUCAUAGUUAUCAUUCUUGGUUUGGACGGCCCUGAAAUAAUCUAAAAAGCUCUAACUGGUUGAUUGUUUUUCCAAUGGAGGGAAACAGCCAUCAGUUACCACAAGACCAGAUGUCAUUAAUUAUGUAAUAAAUUGAAGAAAUACAGCAGGUGACGAUUUAGAGACCUAGAACCAGUCUUAGAUGAUCCUUGACCUUUUAGGUGCACUCACUCACAUAUUUUAACGUGAAAUAAUAAUUGCUCUGAUUUGGCUAAACCUGUCUAAUCACAUGCCCAGUUGUGUUUCCUGUCUUGUCAGACUUAAUUACUUUGUUUACAUUGGUGAGUACAAUGUUGUUAUAACGAAUAGAAACAGUGGUCAUUACACCAAAAAUAAAAACCCAAGUUCAUUUAAAGCAGAGCUAUCCUGUAAUAUUUAGAUAUGAUAAUAUUACUAUAGCACCAAUAUACAGCAGUAGUAUCCUUUCAUAUUUGAAAUAUCAGAGUGUAAGCACUAUACUGCCAUUUUUUCUGUACGUUUCUUUAUUGAAAGUUCACAAAUAGCGUAAGACAUGUUCUUCCCAGUUUAAAGGGAAACUUUGUUAUUUUUGAACCUGUAGCUUAUUUUCCCGUUUUUGUGUCUAAGUGACUACUGGGAACAACAGUUUUUAAAAUUGGUCCAGCAGCAACUGAAACAGGCUGUAAAAUAACCACCUGGGGCAUGUUGACACUGUCAAUGUGCGUUCAGUAAAGGUGCCUGUUUUUGCCACUGACAGGCUCAGAUUGUGAUUCUAAGUGUCUGACAACGUUAUGGAAAGGAUCCUCACAGAGACAAAGUUUCUUGUUAAAGACGACAUUUGACGCCCAUUUGAACAGGUUCCGUGUUUGGCUUUCAAAUGGUGAUGACUUACUUGUAAAUGAAUGAAAACACAUUGAAAUCCUCAUAAAUAGAUAGUUAGAAACCUCAGGUUUAUAAAGAUAUAUGACAUGUCUAUGUUUCAUGUAGGUUGGUGGAGUGUAACAUUCAUUUAUAAUCACCUGGCGAGAUUUAAUUUCUCUAUUCAAAUAAUUCCAUGGAUAGCCUUAAAAUGUUCUAUAAGGGUGGUUCUAUUAGGCGUUAUAUGAGGUAAAGAAAGGUCUGCCUCUUUAGGGACCAUUUCCAUAAUGUUGUCAGAAACUUCUAACAAUCUGAGCCUGUCAAUGACAAAAACAAGCACUUUUAGCGGACACAAAGUGAUGAGGUGCAAAUGCAGAGUGGACUGGUUUCAUUGCAGCCUGUUUGGUGGCUGCCUGCUGCAGCUCUGUCUCUUAACACUGGACCUGUUUCAAAAAUUGUUGGCUCCAUAAAUCACUAAGACACAUGGGAAAAUAGGGUCGUGGUUGAUAAAUAGUAAAGUUACCCUUUAACACAAGCAGGCUAAUGCCCCAUUGAUUAAUUAAGAUGAUCAUUUGAUAAUUAGGCUUCACAAUGUGGUUAUCAAUAAUAAUCUGACUAAACCUUUCGAGGGAUUUGAUUUGUUCGAUGUUUUGUAUCAAAAUGUCUAAAUAUUCAUCAUCCAGUAUCCAAGUGAAAAAAAGAGAAAUCUCCCACGUACAUUUAAACUGUUAAAACACCUGACAAUAACUGCAGUGGUGAGGAAAACUAUGUAUCAAUAUAGCAUCUACGGUAUCUUGUGAGAAUUACAUGGUAUCACUGAAUGUUGUCACUGAUUGUAAUUAUCUAUAAUUGCUGUCAAAUUCCUCAAUAUCCAAAUCUCUGUAGGAGUCCUUACUAAAUGUCAGUGCUUGUCAGUGAGAAUUUCACAAAGUCCUAUUUGAUUAAACGCAGUACAAGUGCUAAAUUUCUUUGGAUCAAAAUAAUCCAGUGACAAAUAUUUGUAGCCUUCCUUGUCCGAUUGUGUUUAAUUCUACAGCUAGCCUCUCUAUAAAAAUGAUUUAGAUGCUAUGUCUUAUAUCUCUGAGAAAUGAUCUCCACCACUAACCUGCUGGGGGCUUGUCUGAAAUAUUUCAAGCAUGGAGUGUUUGCCCCACAGCACGAGAUUUGUCAUCGCCUCUGUUUUAUGAGCUCCUUUAGGAAAGACAAGAACUGUUGACGUGCAUUGAUUGAUUGUAAAUGAUAUGAUGGAUCUAUGUGAUAUUUAUGAACCUCAUGUUAGGCGUCAUCCAUCACAUGCAUUGUGGUAGUGAAUGCAGGAUCAUACCACUGGACCCCUGGUCAGACAACGACAUUUCAGAAACCCUUUCCUUUCUUUUAUUUCUUUUUUUAA